AUGAGUUCUUCGUAUUAUGUGAACGCGCUUUUUAGCAAAUAUACGGCGGGGGCUUCUCUCUUCCAAAAUGCCGAGCCGACUUCUUGCUCCUUUGCACCCAAUUCGCAGAGAAGCGGCUACGGGCCGGGCGCCGGCGCCUUCGCCUCCACCGUGCCGGGCUUAUACAAUGUCAACAGCCCCCUCUAUCAGAGCCCCUUCGCGUCGGGCUACGGCCUGGGCGCCGACGCCUACAACCUGCCCUGCGCCUCCUACGACCAAAACAUCCCCGGGCUCUGCAGUGACCUCGCCAAAGGCGCCUGCGACAAGGCGGACGAGGGCGUGCUGCACGGCCCGGCCGAGGCCAGUUUCCGCAUCUACCCCUGGAUGCGCAGUUCAGGGCCUGAUAGAAAGCGGGGACGCCAGACCUACACGCGCUACCAGACACUGGAGCUGGAGAAGGAAUUCCACUUUAACCGCUACCUGACACGGCGCCGCCGCAUCGAGAUCGCCCACGCGCUCUGCCUCACCGAGCGCCAGAUCAAGAUCUGGUUCCAGAAUCGGCGCAUGAAAUGGAAGAAAGAGCAUAAAGAUGAGAGCCAGGCUCCCACUGCGGCCCCCGAAGACGCGGUGCCCUCCGUCUCCAAGGCAGCUGCUGACAAAGUGGAUGAGGAGGAAGAGGAAGAAGAGGAGGAGGAAGAAGAGGAAGAGGAAUAA